CUUAUGAGAGAGUGGCUCGGGAGUGGGCUAGAAGAUGGGUCUAAUAGGCUGCGAAUUGUUGAUUUUUUAAUUGCGAAUUGUUGACCUGGCAUAUUGGUUGGUUUUGAAUAUUUGUGCAUAUGUGGAUAGGCUUAGGAAGCAAUGAUUUAGUUCCUUUUAUAUAGUAGGAUUGCUAUUAUUCAACCGCAUAUUUAUUUUCUUAAAUGUUUUUAAAUGUUUAAACAUUUGCAAAUGGUUUUAACCGUAUGCUUUCUCUUAAAUCACAAUAUCACUUUAACCAUAUAUCGAAAUUGUUGUUAAUUACCAAUCAAAACAAGAGAUUUAAUAUUAUAUAAUAUUCACGACAGUGAUUACAAACAUGGUAAGAAAAUUAAAUACUAUUAAAGUGAACCCACGAUGGUUACUGAAAAACAAAUACUAAAUAUUAUAGAAUUUAUGGUAAAUUUCCCUAUAUAAAAUUCUUAUGUGACUCUGAGUGUUAGACGAAACAUGCACAUCCCCAUCAGAGUAUCAAUACGCUACACAAAUUGCGCCUCUUUUGUCCUUGUGUAUAAAUUCCUUUCAUACCAAAAUAAAACCCUAGAGACUGGAAUAUAAUAAUAAAAAUAUAUAUCUAAAUUCAUUUGUAAUUUAACUUCAUCAAUCAUUAUAAUAAAAAUUCGAGUUACCAAAAAGAAAUACUCUGCCUUCUUAUCUCUUCUUUCUUCUUCUUCCUUCUCUAUCAAACUAGAUCUUCAACUAGGAAGUCAAGCUUACCAGUCUUUGAUCCAUAUCUGUUCUUCACAUAAACCAACUAAUUGAGUGAAUUAAUAGAGAUGAGAUCAAGAGACUGCGAUGAAGAUGAGAUUCAAGCAAAUCAAGAAAGAGAUCAUAAUCAUCAAUUAAAUUUAAACAGCAUGUUCCAGCCGCAGAAUCAGCCAAGUUCAGUACCAACAUCGAGGCAAUGGACCUCAGCUUUUAGGAAUCCAAGAAUCGUACGAGUUUCAAGAACUUUUGGUGGCAAAGACAGACACAGCAAAGUCUGCACAGUCCGUGGCCUUAGAGACCGGAGGAUAAGGUUGUCCGUACCAACAGCGAUUCAGGUUUACGACCUUCAAGAUAGAUUAGGGCUGAGUCAGCCAAGCAAAGUCAUUGAUUGGUUGCUCGAAGCAGCAAAAGAUGACGUAGACGAGCUCCCUCCUUUACAAUUCCCACAAGGGUUUAACCAAAUGUAUCCAAGUCUCAUCUUCGGAGAAUCAUCAUCAACCUCAGCAGCAUCAGUAUUUCCAGGUACCAAUUUAGGUUUCUUGGAAAGUUGGGAUCUCGGGGGCUCUUCUUCAAGAACAAGAACAAGAAUUGCUGAUACUACAACAACACCGCGAGAGAGUUUUGAUCUAGAUAAAGGGAAAUGGAUCAAACAAGAUGAGAAUAGUAAUCAUCAAGAUCAUGGUUUCGACACUAGCCAUCAAAAUUUCUCUCUGACCAAUCCUUACAACAACAGCAAUGCUUCCUCUUACUACAACCUCGGACAUCUUCAAAACUCGCUAGACCAAUCCGGUAAUAACGUUACUGUCGCAAUACCUAAUGUUCCUUAUAAUAAUAAUCUCAAUUUGCCUCCUCCUCCGACAAUGAGCUCUCUAUUUCCGAUGUAUCCUUCGUUCCUCGGAGCUUCUCAUCAUGUCGUUGAUGGAGCUGGGAAUCUACAGCUCUUUAGCUCCAAUGCUAAUCGCAACAACAGAUGAUGAUGGGUAACUCAACUUUGAUUAGACCGUUUCAUCAUUAGGUGAGCUUUAAUCAUAAUAUACGGAUCGUCAUAGUAUUGACAAUGAUCCAGACUCGUGAAACAUUCAUAAGAUGUACUAUACAUACAUAUGUUAUAUGCAUACGUAUUCUUAUAUACUAUAGUAUUAAAUAUAUUUUCUUAUUGUUGGAUUGUUUUACUUUUAUAUAAAUUCCCCUUGAAUGUAUCUCAAUUCGUACAAGUUUUCUUUAUGUUU